AUGCCAAUCAAGUGCUUGGUUCCCAGGAGGCGGCGCUCCCCCAUUUGGUUGCUUGUGUUGGCGCAGUGCGGGAAACAACGCAAGACGAAUCACGCCCCCGAAAGACAAGCGAACAGCGCCUGCAAACGCUCCGAGCGCCUGAAGCAGACCGUGGUGGCCGAUCAGGAAGGAGCAGAAACCCAGGAAGAAGUGCUAACAGCGGAGCUGGCGAUGGACCGACCGACAUGGUGCGACACCAUGAACGGCAAUUGGCGGCGAGGGAAGACCGAAGGGGAGUCAAGCAGGCGAAACCUUGUCGACCUGACGCGCACACCCGACAGUUCCUACGAUGAUGAAAGAGAAGACGAACGUCGGAAUCUCGAUGCGAAACCGAAGAACAAGAAACUCGACUACAUGGCCCAGGCCAAGAGGAGCAUGCACACCGACUGA